AAGUGGUUCCCAACCAAGACGCUGGGCCAGAUUUAGAGGUAAAUAAAGGGGUUUAAAAAGAGAGAGAGAAAUGUCUCUAUGUUAUGCUUGAUUUAUAAUUAAAAUAUUUGACAAAAUUGCCACUGAACAAAUGUUUGAAUCAACCUGCAGAGAGGUUUAGAAGGUAAAUCACGAGUAGGAAUGCUGCAAAUUGUUAGAUCUUAAACCUUGAACACUAUUGCAGGGUGAUUUUCACCUGACCAAACGUGUUUACGUGAUUUUCAUUAUGUUGCUUUUAUCACUUUAUCAACAAUUAUCACUUGGAUAGAGUUGGAACAACACUCUCAAUAGUCGAAAUUUAACAUUCACUGGUAAUUUUUUUUAACACUAGUGUGUAGUGUCAAAAAUUAAAACACUCAUUGAGUUUUUUUCAACAGUGAAUAAGAUUAAAAUUAUUAUAACACUAUGGGAGUGUUAAACAUAUUACUAAUACUACUUCUACUACUACUCUUAAUUAUACUACUAAUAACAAUAAUAAAUAAAGAAAACCACACAAGUUACAGUUUGAAUCAACAUUUAAUUUAAACAAGCAAACCACAAAAAAGAAAAAAAAAACUGUGGGUUUGGGUGGAUUUGAUAGCUGUAUGUAGGCGAAUAAGGUCAGUAAGAGUGGUCCUGGAAUUUGCAUGCUAUCUUUAUUUAGUGCAGCGGUUAUGAAUAACUAUCACAAAGUAGAGAUUUUCAAGGUAAUUCAUAUAGUGAUAAGAAAUAAGAAAUAAUUUAGUCAGCUGGUCAUUUUUACGCCAUAUCCUGCACAAUUCAUAAAUGCCUGAUUUCAGUCAUUUUGUUGCAUUUUUAUAUGGUCCCCCACAGCUAAAAAGAAAAGAAAACUACUUUAAUUCUUCUUGUAUUGUCCUGUUUUGAUAUAUUCUGAUGACAAGUACUUUUUUGGGGUACAUUAUUUCGGGUAAAAAUCACUAUGGUUUUUCAAUAGUGUUCUAGGGUUACUUAUACCAACAAGGGCAUUCAAAGAGGUGCAGUUUCUUUAGUAAUGGGUCUUUUACUGGAAAGAUUAGGCUAAGUCAAACGUCAUUCAGGCUUAUCUGAUUGAAAGUGUUUCUCUCUUUUACAAGCAAAGUUUAGAAGGUAGAGGUAGUUGGUGUGGAGUAUGACUUUAACUGGGGGGUUAGUAGCAUGAAUGGGGCUUAGUUACAUGAAUAGGUCGCGUCGGAGUUCUCGUAAACCGGGUCCAAACUAUCACCUUUUUUUCCUUUUUAAGACCCCCGACGACGCUAUGGAAAACACUGCGUCAUGAUGGCAUGGAUGGGCUCGUUUCGUGUAACAACCGGAGAUUCCCACACAUCACGUGACCACGUCGUGCGGCGGCGUCGUCAGCUGCUCUCGACCCAGUUGUCCAGUCUGAGUCCGGAGAACCGGAGGAGGAGGAGGGCGAACUUAUGACGGGAGCUACCCUGAAAUAAACACACUAAAAGGUAAGGUUGUUGACGUUAAAUGUGGACGCGUACGUGCCUUUUGUCUGUUGGAGCGAUAGAAGUUGAUUGUUUUGUUUAAAUGCGUUUAACGUGCUGCCCGUUCAGAGCGUUUGUGUCAGCAUCUUGAUUAUCACCAACUGUCACCAACCGUCAGCAGAGAUAGACAGCCGUAAAACAGCAGAUAACGUUAGCAGAAGAGCUGCACAUUAAGUUACAUUGACUCACGGCGAGCCUGGAUUUGCCUUCAGCCGUCCAGCCGAGCAUCAUGAACGUGGGGGCGCGGCGUGUGGUCCAUCCUCACACUUACCUAACGGUCUCAUCAUGGCGGAUGUCUGUAGCCUCACGGUAAUAUUGACCGUUCAGCUGUGUUUUUUCAGUGUGCGAUGGCGCGGCCUCGCAGCUUGAAGCGAACACGCGUAAGUUUGACGUUCCAGAUGGUCGCAGUGUCGCAUUUAUCUGCGUUAGUGAGGCCUACAUGGAGGUGCAGCCCGCUGCAGGUGCAGCAUGAAAGAAAAAAAAACGAGCCUCACUGUUUGUGUUUCAUCGUUGUUUCUGUUUUGGAGUAUAGUCGUGCACAGCAUCCAAAUCUCCAGUCUCCUAAUGUGUGUCCUUUCAUCACUCUUAACUAGAUAUUAUUAUUGAUAUCUAUUAUAAUAUACUAUUAGAGACAGUCUUGACUUAAAAGCAGCUGUGUUGUAAGUUUUACAUCAAAUAGAAGUGAUAUUUGUAGUGUUUGAGUGGAAAUGACAAAUAUUCUCCCACCAGACUUAAAGGAUAGGGGAGAGUGGGGUAAGAUAGACAAUUUUUCAUAUUUUGGAUCUGUACAUCAAGGUAUUCAUAGUUUUGUCUCUAACUAGUGUAUCUGCAUAUAUUUGAAGUUCUGCAUCUCUGCAAACCAACAGAAUGAGUGUAAACAUAACUGUCUUGAUAAUAUAGCAUGCCAAAAAAGUGGUCUCCUAUGGUCAGUUUACCCCGGGUAUGGGGUACGUUGACUAUAGGAGCGGGAUAAGUUGAGCCAUAUCCCUACUACCCCACCACUCUCCACCCCAGCCCUCCCUCACCUUCUCUCUCCCUAAAUAACAGUCACUUCUGCACAUUCAUGUGUAUUUUUAUCUAUUAUACACUAUUCAACUGGUACAAUAAUUCUUUUUUUAUUAUUAUUGCAUACAACUGCUAAAAAGCUGUUUUGUAAAAAGCCAUUUUAACAUGAGAAUGUCUUUAAGUGAUUCAGAACAUUCACAGCUGUAUUAUUGAGAAGAAGAAGUAACACAUUUCAACAAUCUAAAGUGAAACUCUGAUCCUCUCAUCAGACUCCUUUACUUUCUCAGUUACCCCAGAACUACUAUGAUGACUUUAUUAGUCCUCUAAACUAAAAUAGUGGACUUUUAUUCUAGGUUUUUGACCUCAUUUUGUAGCUCAUAGAUACCACAAUUGAUAAAACAAAUUUAAAAUGAUCUUUUUUGGUCUGAACACAAUUCUAAUAAAACUUAUGACAGACUAAAUUCACUUUCAAGAGUGAAAAAUGGUUUUUCCUUCACCCAUGUGCUUCUAACCUUCACAGACUCCAUGAAUUGAUACCCAUCUCCUAAAUAUUUGGUCACAUGAUUUUUUUUCUUUUUUUUUUUACCAUUUCCAAGCAACAGGGGGUGGCUCAACUUACUCUCUGGCUCAACUUACCCCACUCUCCCCUAUGUGUCCUUUCAUCACUCUUAACUAGAUUACUAUUAGAGACAGUCUUAACCUAAAACCAGCUGUGUUGUAAGCUUUACAUCAAACAGAAGUGAUAUUUGUAGUGUGUGAGUAGACAUGACUAAUAUUCUCCCACCAGGCUUAAAGGAUAUGUGUUAUGAAAUAUUUGUACGAUAAAUCAAACUCAGAUGCAGCAGCUGUUUACAGUUUUAGCUUUUCCUUUUUUGUUUCAGUAAUCUAUUUAUAUCUUUAAUCAUAUUUAUUAGUGUAUUCUUCUUUUUUAAAAUGACAGGACUCAGUAAAACGGUUCCAGUGAAUCAAAAGUCCAAAGACUAAUCCAAAGUCAAACGGUAUUUGAGGCUUUUUUGCUGCUUGAAGCACUUCUGAUGUGCAUUUGUGAUCACAAAAUGUCUUAAACUAUGAGCACAACAAUUUAUGCUUCACACUGUGUAGAAACACAGGAGGUGGUUACUAUUUCUAGAUGACAUAUUCUCUACUAGAUAAAAAUGGCUCUAACUAAAGGCAGGCUUUAUGGAUAAAAUCUUGUUCUAAAGUUUGUAAUCUAAAUUAAUGAUACUGAUAUUGAUAACAGGACUCCAACAGUUGCUCUUUUAUUUCAUCAGAUAUUUGGCAGCGAUUCUGACAUUAGGAUUGAUCAUUUCGGCCUUUUCACAUUUUGUAAAAAAAAAAGAACAAUAUAAUCUUGUUCGAAUCUUUUUCAGAUAAAGUAAGGAAAAAUGUGUGUAUUAGUUAUUGAUGAAAUAGCUUUCUAAACAGUCCAGUGUAGAUUCAAGGAAAACUGGAAGAAAACUAAUCUGGGAAAUUUCGAACAAUGUAAAAUCCUUUCCUGACAAAUCAGCUUAACAACCAGGUUUAAAUACAUUAUUUUGAGUGUUUUAGUUGGAUGAAACAUUUAAGCUUUUAUCGUACAGUUUAUGGGCUACAAUCCUGAGCUUUUUGUUGUCUAGUGUUACUGUCCCUGAAGAUAUUGACAUUUUUAUUUUUAUUUGUUUGUUGACAGGGCCGUUGGUUUAAAUGAUCAAAGUGGGAUUGGGUUUAAAAUUAAGUAAUCUAUCCAAGAAUAAUAUUAAGCAGUGCAGAGAAACAGCUUCUCUCCUCACAGGAUAUGUAUCAUCAUGCCAUGUGGAGAAAACUUCUUUCUUAUCUUUAUACACAGAUUUAAGUCAAGUGCUGGAUUAGGAGUAGAUAGUUUUACAAUCAGGUCUAACUAAAACAAGUUCUGAAGAAACUGAAUUUCCGAUGCAUCCAAAAUAGCAGAAUUACCUGAUUGCACAUAAAAGCCCUUCCAGCAAUGUUCCUAAUCCUUUUGGGUCUUACGAGGAUUGUAGAAGGGGAUAUUAAAAAUUCCAGAUAAGUUGGUUUUGUUUACACCUCAGCUCCGUUUGGCGAAAUUUGGAUUUUCAGGGAUCAGCGGGCUUAUAUAGACCAGACACGAGCUGUAAAGCUGUGCUGUCCUGCCAACAUGGCCUCCCAAAACUGGCAACUGCUUUCACUUUGUAGGCUAUUGAUAGACCGUUAAUUAUGGUCCAGCAGUGUAUCGCUUACACCAGUAUUUUUUUCCCCAACAACAACUUUUAAUUUGUUGCAGCAUUUAUUUCUUGUUGUUACACAAUGCUGUUUUUUGUUUCGUAAUUAUAAAUGAGAAAUCGUUUCAAGAAGAAAGGCACGUGGUAUACCUUAAAAUUCAAGUCAGCAGCAUGUUGUAAUACUGUGACAGCUUACCUAAGGUGCAGCCGUCUGUCACAAAGCCAGGCGUCUGCUAGUUUGACAGAGCCAGAGCUGCUGCUGACAAGGCGGGUCACAGGGACAUUUCUCGCCAGACAGCCGCACUGGCUGGCAGAGAUACAGUGUAGGAUUUAUCAGCUUGGGUGGUUCAAGUAGCUUAUUCACAGCAGUGCUGAAGAUAUGAUCAUUGUGUAGUGUGAGUGCUUUGAACUUUGUAAUUGCAGCUGGUUUUUGUUUUGUGGCGGGUUCAGCGUGUGAAACAUCCAGAAAAUGUGAAAGUUUUCUGCUUACAGGUUGCAAAACUGUGUAAGCACUCCAUUAAUUACUCAUCAUGUAACCAUGAAACAGCGAUUUGAUCAAAGAUGUUACUUAAUUAAGUCCUCACUGUUGGUAAAUUCGCUUUAAGACUGGUAGACUUUGGAUAUUUUUAAGUUUUAAAUUUAAAAUUGAGAGUUUUUGUUUUCUUUUUCAUUGAACCCCCACUUCAGACUUUCCACAUGUUGCGGCGCUGCAUGUUUGAACAGGCUGAUCUCUGUGGGGGCACCACUUCUUUGUGUGUCUGCUCCUUUUUGUCGCCAUGUUUCCUGGUAUUGCUCAGCCAUGUUGUUUAUAGGUCUCUCAUGGUAUUGUGCUUGCCUAAUUGUGUUAACGUGGCUCUAUAGCUAACUCGCUGAAUCCUUCCCUUUAACCUAAUUCCCCAAGUGAAAGCUAUCAGCCCAACCCAGAGAUAGCGUCAGUGUUUUUAUCCACAGUGUCCGGGGCAUCUCCCAUAAGAGGAUUUGAAUCCUCCAUGUGAUGCUUUUAAGGCUGCACAGACAUGCCCUCCGACAGACUGAAAGAACUUUGUGUCUUCUCUUCCACUUCUGAUAUGAAAACUAAUAUAAAAUUAUUGUGACUGAUUUUGGAUCUGGUUUAUCUUUCUAAUAAUUGAUAACUGUUUUCAAUUCAAUCUUUGUUGUAACUUAAUUGAAUCAGGUCUUUAUUUAGUGGUCACGCAGCAUGAGACAUUUACUUGUCUGGUAGGUUGUCUCUCCUAAUGUGGCUCUUAUGACUUCAUGCACAUUUCAGCCAUUAGUGCCCCAGUCUCUUGGCCGCAUUACAGUGGAAGUAAUCCAUCAUACAAGGAUAAAUAAAAGAUAGGAACGGACCGGCUCAGAUCAAUUCAACUCAAGUCAUUUCAGGUAAAUAUGACAAACCGGUGUGAAGAAAUCUGAAAAUAAAUUCAAACUGAGGAUUGAAAGUUUUUGUGAACUGAUUUUUAAAACUACAAAGCUGUCUCUCUACACAAGAAAGCUGUUAUUUUCAAUCAGUUUCUUUAGUUUUUGUAUUUCACAUAUAUAUAUUUCUGUUAGGUAAACUAUUUAAUUAUCUUUGACAAUAUCUUUUGAAGAAAAAUCCACAUCUCUCUAGUCAUGGCAGCCUUGUAUAGUAAGCCUUAUCUUUAAUUUUUUGUGUCUGCAUUUUCUUUUUUUAAAAUCACGUGUCUUGGCCUGAUUUUUACCUUUCACACCAAUUUUCUUGCACAACAGUGAGAAGUAUGUUGCACCACCUGCAUGACCUGCAUUGUGUGAUGCACCACCUACAGUCUAGCAUACAUUUCAGGGGUACCCCUGGGUCCUAUUAGGCACUGUACCAAUCCAUUUCAAGCCCCACACUGGUGCCCUGGUUUAAAAAUCUAUGUAUAAAGUUAGGGUGUGGUGUGGAUUGUGUGUCAGGAUGUUCAAAAUGUGGGCCUUGGUAGGCCAUGAUUGACAGUCUUCUAAAAUCCCCCUACCUUCAGUUUCAAAAGUAUGAAAGGAAUUCUCAUUCAUUUAUCAGGAUGAAUUGAUAAAUAGGGAAAUUUGUUUAUUUUUUUACCCAUAAGAUUAUUUUCCAUGUAAUUAAGCCUUAUUCCCCAACCUUUUUGAGAUAGAAAAAAACUUCAGAGCGUAAAGUCACAAACAUAAAUGCGCUAGAUGGACCUUGGACAGGAAGAGGAUCACAUGCCCUGACAGUAAGUGUUACUGAUUAGUUCAGGAUUCUUGGGUUGAUAAGUGGCCUUUGAGUUGUUUAAGCCGAUAAAUGUCAUGUCAAAAGCAAACAAAAACUUUCGUACUGAUCACAUCAAGAGUGUUCAAGAAAAAAAAUUUCACUCCAGUGAAAGUCAGCUAUGAAAGAAGCACAUACUGUAACAAUACCAACGAUACACUUCUAUUGUAGUCCAGAAAGACAGGAGGGAUUUGGCGUCUCAGAUCGAGGCUGUAAUCUGUUAUGAUCUUGAUAGAGGCUGUCAUUUCAAAGCUGUGCCCGCACUUGUCACGUUUGUUUGCAUUCGCCCUUUAUUUUCGUCUUGAUGGACUGACAGGAAUCAUGAGGACACACACUGGAACUCUGACGUGUUUUCCAGGGCACAAUAGAGCAGCGUUGUGUAACACUUUAAGUGUGGCCUGGAAAAGGAGACUUGGAGAAACAGCCAAGAUGAUUUUUUUUCCCAUUAAAUCUGCCGCUGAAUUGAGUUUAGCGCUUGAUGUCUGAUUUGUGUUUGUGAAAUAAAUGGCAAAUGAACUGAGAGUGUGCUUGUUUGUUUCCAUAUGCAUAUACAUCUAUACAAAAGCAGUUAUUCAAACAGAACAGGCAGGCCUUUGUACAAGCGUGAAGCCUUUUUGCUGUCCACUCAAGCUUUUCUUUUCAAGUCAGCAAUGAGGGGAAUUGAUUUUGGCUCCCAGCCGGCCUGGCAGAAGAUUUCCUCUGGGCACUGCAGGCGCUAAAACAAAACCUGCACUGCACAUUUGAAACAACUAAUCAACCUUGUAGAUCUGACCUCACACAUGUGUAGAGACUUCAGAUUUCUAGUGUGAAGCUGUGUUGCAUGUGUGAAAGCAUUUCUGUCAUUUUAGAUUGCAAUGUAAAUGCCACAGAAACCGGUUGACCAGGGUUAUGCUGGUCUCUUGCAAAGAGGAAGAGCACUGCAGUAAUGACCCGUAUAACCGUGUUUCCUCUAAAGCAAAGCACAUUAAUAAUAUAUCUGGUUACUAAGGUACCAGCUGUGUCCAUGGAAACACAGACCACACUGGGGUGGACAGUGUUUACGAUCUCCCCAUUUUUCUGCCAUCAUUCAUCCCCACUCCAGCUUCUGUUUUUGCCCUCAAAGUCUUUACAGUCAUUGACUUGACAUUGACUUGUCUUCAUAAAUAAAUCUAUACAGUCAUUAUAUAUGGGGACUGAAGUCUGGACAUGGACAUGAAUGAAAGUUGAAUGACAUCAAAUGGUAUUACAGCUGAAAUAUAGUUUUAUUGUUAGAAGAAAAUGUGCUGUUGCUUUGCUCCAACUCGGUGCUCUCUGCCUGCUGAAUUGUGGGAUUGCCUGUCACCUUUUUAAUCUGGCAAAUGCAGCAUUUGUGUUGCUGCAGUUUGCCCCAGAUAAUGUUGCAAGCUUUUUUUCCUGCUUUUAUUCUGUGACUUAAAGGUGUGUGGUGUUCAAACUGUAUCGAUUAUCAAAGUGCAAAAACAAGCUUUGGAUUCAUCUUUUAGUGCCUGAUUAAUGUAAAUUGAUGUCAUGCACACAACAGAUAAAUGUUUUCUUUAAAAGAGACCGGUCUUUAUUCUACUUCUCCUCUUCUUACAGACUUUUCUGACUGUGGAAUAAGCCGUCACCCACACCAUGUCCCAAGACAAGAGUGGAUACCCUGGUAUGGGUGAGACUAACCCACUUCAUAACAAUGUCUACGGGCCUCCUCAGCCGGGCUUUGGUGUGCCCCCUCCCAACUACAGCCAAGCCCCAGGGGGACCAUACCCACCAGCUGCAGGCUAUGGGCAGCCAGGCUUCCCUCAGGCAGGCCCGGGUUUCGCUCCUGGUCCCUACCCUCAGAUGCCUUACCCUCAGAUGCCCUACCCGCAAGGCCCUUACCCCCAGGGGCCAUACCAGCAGCCAGGCUUUACCGGUGGAGACCCCAUGGGUGAGUUUUAAAGACCUCUGAGUUUAAGUAAUCAUCAUUUGAUACUUUUCUAAAACCUUUUCCUAAGAGAUUUCCAUAUAAUAUCACUUUCAUAAGAAGAGAAAUGUUUCUACAAAGGAUUUAAUCAUUGAAGACUUUUGAAUACUACAGUAACUGAACACACACUUGCCAAUCCAGCUAGAAAACACACAACACAUUGCAGGCUUACUCCUGUGGGACCAGACUAAACACAGAUGAUGGGGCGAUCAAUGAGUUUGGUCGAUAAUAAUCACAAUGUGCUGAAAAGGCAGCAGACACAGAUCCCUACGUUUGGCCUGGAUUUUGCUGCUUGUUUUUGAUUACAUUUUAACCCAACUUGCUUUUCUGAUGUCAUUUUACGACAGCACCUGCAGGAAGCCCUGGUUACCAUGGUGAUGGCCCCCCAUCUUACUAUGAUAAUGAAGAGUUUACCAACUCUGGUUUUGAGGACAAGACCAUCCGACAAGCCUUCAUCAGAAAAGUGGGUACUUUAAUGUCGAAUUGAUUGAAUGUUACAGAGAUUUAAUUUGUUUGAUUACGAAACAACUUGAACUUGCUUUAAAGAACUAUAUAUGACUUAUGGCUGCCUUUUUUCGCACCAACAGGUCUUUAUGGUCCUCACAGUGCAGCUGCUGGUCACUUUCUCAUUUGUUGCUGUCUUCACUUUCGUGGAUGAGGCAAAGUUCUUUGUGCGACGUAACCCAUGGACUUACUAUGUGUCCUAUGCGGUCUUCUUCGUGGCUCUGAUUGUCCUCAGCUGCUGUGGAGACUUCCGCCGUAAGCACCCCUGGAACCUUGUUGCACUGGUGAGAGACUCCCAAAAAAAAAAAAAUUCACUAUUUGUCAAGCCUGCUUGCGUGGUAGAUAGAUAAAUACCCUUUCCAAACAAUUAGAAUAUCAUGGAGAAGUUUAUUUGUUUCCAUAAUUCCACUCAAAAAGUUAAACUUUAAAAGAUUAUAGAUUCAGGGCCCACAAUUUGAACGAUUUCAAGUAUUUAUUUGUUUAUUUUUACAUAAUUUGGGCUUCCAGCUCAUCAAACCCUUGAAAACAGGAAUUCCAAAAAUUUGAAAUUAUGUAAAAAAAAAAGUGAAAAGUGAAAUUCUACUAAUUAAGACUUAUUGAAAAGAUUUAAGGGUUAAAUAUAUACCAAAGACCCCCAAAGGGAGGUCAGACUACACCAUCUUUCGGUCUGUCCGAUCAGCCACUGUGUCAGAUCAUGUCUCUUCUUUUCUUCAUGAAAGCAGGGAUGAUGUUGCCCUAUCUCUGUCUCAUAGUUCCAUUGUGCAGCACCACCUGAAUAAGUUCCCUCACUAUUUAUUUUUACAGUUAUUUAUUUGUGAUGUCGACUGUGAUGUUAAUUUGUGUUUCUGUGUCUUGCAGUCCAUCCUGACUCUGAGCCUCUCCUACAUGGUGGGCAUGAUUGCCAGCUUUUAUGACACAGAGACUGUCAUCAUGGCUGUGGGCAUCACUGCUGUGGUCUGCUUCACUGUCGUCCUCUUCUCACUACAGGUCAGUACUCACCGACAGCAGCUUGAAAACACCAUAAGUAAAGUCUUUUUGUCAUUUGACUUGUUUGACAAGCAACAAAAUAUAGAAACAAAUAAAAUUGGUGUCAGAGAAAUUGAUUUAUAAAAAUACCAUAAAAUCACAGGUCUAAUGUUUUAUCAGAGCUUCAAUUUCCUAACAUGUGAUCUACUCUCUUUGUGUUCUUCUUCCUUGUUUACCACAGAGCAAGUAUGACUUCACGUCCUGUAGGGGUGUGCUGUUCGUGUGCCUGAUCGUGCUGUUGCUUUUCUCCAUCCUCUGCAUCUUCAUCCGCCACAGGAUCUUGCACAUCGUCUACGCCUCCCUGGGGGCGCUGCUCUUCACCUGCGUAAGUUUCACGCCUACUUGUUUGGUGCUGUCAAAGGGUAACAACAUUCAGUAACAGCAGAUCAAUCUACUCUGGCUUUGAAACUAAGAAAUUGACAUUCAUGAAAGGUCUGGUCUGUGAGUCAGUUCUUCCGUUCUGUUAAGGGAUAUAUCGUCAUUGGUACACACUUGUAUUUCCACCUUCAAAUGCACUUUAAUUUGUGUAAAAGGGAUGGUUUCGUCUGCAGAAGGAACAAGGUUGUUAUACAAAUUGAGUUGGAAAAGGUUUACGCUUAGAAAGAGGAAAGUGGGCCACCAACUUAAUUAUCAAGAACUAGAUAUGUGACCAUGCAUCAUGAGAGCUAGACUGAACCAAAACAUCUGCUAUUACUCAAUGAAUAAUUUAUCAUGAAGAGUUUUUUGGCUAACACAAAAAGAAGAAAGCUCCAUGAAUAGAACUCCAUAAAUCAGAUUUAGGUAGGAUCAUAGAAUCAUGAUCAAGACCAGCCUUAAACCAGGUUUAAAGUAAACAUUAAAACCAGCCCUGGAUUGGUGAGAAUGUGUUGCUGAUUUGAUCAUUGCAGAAGGUUAAAUGAUCAAUGAGGUUUAAGGUUUGACAGGCUGCGAAGCAAUACACAACAUUAAUGAUGAUCUUAGGCCAAGGCUGCAUUUGGAUGAAUUUGGUAGCUGCUAGACAUAUCACCUGAAACCACAGCUGGUAAAAUAGCUGUUUAUGGCAUUUAUCUUAAGUCUACAAUGUAGGUAUUUCUCAAAUAUCUUUUUAAUUUUUAUUUUUCCUCUCUGCAGUUCUUGGCUGUGGAUACUCAGUUGCUCCUGGGCAACAAGAAGUUGGCCUUGAGUCCAGAGGAAUACAUCUUUGCUGCCCUCAACCUCUACACUGACAUCAUCAACAUUUUCCUCUACAUCCUCGCUAUUGUGGGACGCUCCCGUGAAUAAAGCUGCACCUUUAACUGAACAGGAGGGAGACAGAAAGAGCCUGCCUGUUUCGUGAAAUUUUUCUCCCAUCCUAAUUUUUUUUUCCACAUUUGAGUUUUCCCCCUUUACCUUUUUCACAUGGUUUUGUUUGAGUUCUUUUUAAACCAGGUAGUUGUGCUGAGAAGGAGUUGCAGUAAGUCAUAUGAUGCAGCUGUGAGGGUCACUAUUUAUGAAACACAAAUCUUUGUUGUUAUUGACAAAGUGUUAAAAUGCAUCUUUCCCUCAAUUUAGACCACUGUGCUUGCUGUAACUGUCCUCUGCUUCUACUAACACAGAAGGCUAUGUUAUGUCGACAUUACCCACCCUCUAACUUCCAGUAUGGCUCAGCACAUGCAGUAUAAUAACACGUUAUCAUGUGGGUGCUUGGCACUCCACCUUGUCUUGCUGCAGAGAUAAAGCAGAAAAAGAACAGGGAACGUAUCAGUAGUGCUUGGUAUUGAUGUAAACCAGCUUUGCCUGAAGAGAAGAAGUAAUUUCUAGAAAUAAACAUCACCUGAUUCUUUUUCCCAAACUAAACCCUCCCUUACAGCCUGUUGGUGUAAAGUAACUGCAUGGCAACACUGGAAACACAACUAAAGAUGUGUCAAGUUCUUCACAACAACCAGAGGAGGAACUCUAGCUUGCUUAUCACUGCUGUAAAUAGUUAAGUAUAUUACUGUAUAUGAUGCCAAUACCCCUGCCCCUGAAAGGCAUGCUGGAGUGAUUUAUUUGGAUGUGUUUCUUUUUGGGAAAAAUAUGCUCUGAUAUCAGAACUUUGCUAACCCAGUACAGUAACUAUAAUCUUUUAAUGGCAAAAGAAUGAAGAUCAAUGUUGGAUGUAUAUGACACACAUGAAGCUAUAUAUUCUUACAGAAUGUUUUUAACCGGAAGGAAACUUUGAUUUUGAAAUAGUCUCCAUGACUCCCUUACCGUCUUCCUUUUUUAUUUAACUGUCCUCAUUAAUUUCCUCCCAUCUGGUAAUUAAUGUGAUGUGACAUUAAGUGCUGUUUUUCUCUUUACCACUAAUGUGAAAUGUAAAUGGAAAUAUUGGAAUUUCUGAACACUUUUAAUGCAAGUUCAGUUUCAGAAAUCAUGAUAUAACAGACUUGAAGCAAAUACAACUUAUAACUUAUCUAUUUAUUGAGGUUGGUGUAGAUAGCAGGGCUACUCUUAUGUUGCAAUAAACCAGUAUUGAGAAAACAACUUUAGACUUGAGCUACAAAAAAAAGUUAAUUUCUCAAGUUCAUUUUAAACUGACUUAUCGGCUGUACUACUGCUCGACAUGAAGGCUAAAGUAACCAACAUGCACUGAAGUUCUUAACAUGCCAAGCUGAACCUGAAUGAUACAUUGAACAUUAACUUUUUUUCUUUUCUUGGUUGUUUUUUAUUUAAUUUUAUUUUCCUCUUGCAUGAUCCUCUUCUGGUUUUUGCAUGUGCUGAUAAUGCACACUUUACAGGUAACCCUGUGUUGGAGAGACACGAUGUUUGGCAGCCCUGUUAAGACUUUUUUUUAAAUCUCUUGUGUUUGUAUCUAACUUAAUGUGUAUGUGUAUAUAGAAAUUCAUAGUGGUUUGGUGUGUAUAGAUAAAGUAAUGUUGGGGCUUUGUAGGUCUGUUUGCACUGUAUAUUUGCAUUUAAAUCAAUGUAGAAUUGCAUUCCUCUACACUGCUGUUCGCUUUUCAUUAAAACUGAUACUGUGUUCACUGUCCCUUUUUUUUCUUUAGACAGUGUAAGUGUCUGCGUAUCUUGGUCAUACCUCUUAAUCUAAUUUAAGGAAUCCUGAUUUAAGUUUUUGUUAAAUAAUAAAAUGAAAAAUUAGCCAGGAA